UUCAGAGAAAUGAAAGAAAAAAAAAAAAGAAAAUCAAAUAAAAUACAAUUAUUAUUAUAAAUAAAUGUUCUACGGGUUCAAUGUUUUAUGAAACCGAUUGGAAAUUGUUGAUAACACGAAUUUAUUUCAUUAAAAUAAGAAUUUAUUUCUUGACCUUUUUUAUCUAGAGUCCUAACUAUUGCGGAAAGACAUUAUUAUCAUCUAUUAUCACGUUUGAUUCACAACUCAACUCUCUACCCCGAAACAUUCAUCAAAUAUACAUCAUCAAUCAUUUUUUACAAUUUGACAGAAUUGUUUUGUUAAACGUUGAAUCGUUGACUAUCAAAGCUUACACGUUCGCUAUGAUGAUUAGAGCUACGAAAAUAACAAAAAUACAAUAAAUAAACAAAGAAGAAAACGGUAUCGGGUCUCGUGAAAAAUAUAGUGCAAUUUUUCUACAUAGCUGCAUCAUACAAAAAACAAGGAUGUACAUAACAUUUACAGGAAUGAAAAGAUUGUGACGACCUUCUUAAUCUUGGGCCACAUUUUAAGACAAUAUAAAAGACGACGGAUCGUUUCAGAAAACUACAGUUUAUUUUCUUGACGAAUUCUUACUGCUUGUAAGAAAGCAAACAACAAAUUUAUUUCAUUUGAAAGAAUCUAAGUUGUUCAAUUUAUUCAAAAUGGAGUGGAGUGGAUUAGACAAAGUAGCUGUUAUCACUGGUGCCAGUUCUGGAAUUGGUAAAGCCAUUGCCGAAUUACUCGUCUUGAAAGGUUUAAAAGUUAUUGGACUUGCUCGUAAUAUCGAUAAACUCGAAGCACUUGCUGAAGAAUUGAAAUCUAAACCAGGCAAAUUUUUACCCUUACAAUGCGAUCUAACAAAUCAGAGUGAAGUCUUGAAAGCGAUAGAAUGGAUAGAAAAGGGUGUUGGUUUUGUUAACAUUUUGAUUAACAACGCAGCAAUAAACAUUGAAGCAGGUUUAACAAGUGGUGAAAUAGAAGAUUGGGAGAAAACAUUAGACCUUAAUAUUCUUGGUCUAACAUGCAUUACGAAAGAAAUUUUGAAACUGAUGAAAAAGAAAGGUAUUGACAAUGGUUGCAUUAUAAACAUAAAUGAUACAUUGGGAUUAAAGAUUCCAGCAAAUCCAGAACGACCAGCUUCUUCUGCUUACAUUUGCAGUAAAUUUGCACUAACAGCAUUGUCUGAGUGUCUUCGUUUAGAACUAGCACAGCUAGAAUCUAACAUUAAAGUUAUUUCUAUUUCUCCUGGAUUGGUUGAAACCGAAAUGACUCAACAAUGGUUAAAAGAAAAUCCACGUUUAGCUUUGCAACCUAAAGAUGUGGCCGAAGCUGUUCUUUACGCAUUUCAAACACCUGACAACGUUCUUAUCAAAGAUCUUAUUAUUACACCCAUUCGUGAAAUUUAAUUUCUACGAAGUAAUGAACUUAUCGUCGAGUAAAGAUUAUGUAGUAAAGAUAAAUCAAAAAAAUUAAUUUGAAACAAUAAAGAA